GCAUUGCCCAUAUUCACCAUGGCUUCCUCUGACCAAUUCAAAGCACUGGCCGACCAGCUGGAGUCCGUCCUGCAUGACCCGUCAGGUCCAGGCGACAUGGACCCAGCAACUCGCCGUCGUCUGGUCGCGAGCGGCCGUAAGCUUUCUGUGCUUCUAGAAGAGCCUAGAGAGACGGGGCGGCGUAUUGGAUAUGCACACCUCCAACUUCCUCUGUCCCUCGUAGGUAUCGAGAGCAAAUUGUUUGCCACAUUGGCAACCGAGCCUCGUUCCUUCACCCUUCUCGAGCUCAGCGAGAAGACGGGCAUAGACAAACAGCUCCUGAAGCGACUGUUGCGGUAUUAUCAGGCCGUCGACAUCCUGGCCCAAGUCGAUGACGACGCCUACCAGGCCACCAAUGUGACACGUGCACUAGCCAACGAUGAUCACGCUAAUUCGCAUCGCUGGACACGCCGUAUCACUGCGCGAGGCGCACUCCACCUCCCAGACUGGCUGCAAAAGCACGAGUACAAAGAUCCCGUGGGCAUCCUCCCAACUGCAUGGAGUGGCUCCAUCCCCACGGAUGAUCAUCCUUACGGGUAUUUGGCGAAGAACCCCUGGGCGCUGGAGCUCGCCCAAGCUCACAUGAGAGUCCAGCGCGAGGGACGCCCUGUCUUCUUCGACGCCAUGGACUUUGAGCAGCGCUUUGCCCAGGGCGCAACGAGCGACACCGUUCUGUUUGUCGACAUUGGCGGUGCCACGGGCCCCCAGGCCCGUGAGCUUCGCAAGCGAUUUCCCGACCUACCCGGCCGCGUCUUGCUCCAAGACCGGCCCGAAGUGGCCGAGAAGUGGAAAGACGAUCUGGCGCAAAACAGAAUCGAGGCGGUUGUGCACGAUAUUUUCACGCCACAGAACGUCAAAGGAGCCAGGGUCUACUACCUCCGCAACAUCUUCCACGCCUGGGGCGACAAGACCUGCACUGAGAUUCUGAUUAAUGCAAAGGAGGGUCUGACUGAGGACUCGGUGCUCCUGAUUGACGAGAUCGUGCUGCCCGAGCGGGACGCAACGCCCCAGGGCGCGCAGCACGACAUCGAGGUUAUGAUUUGCGUUGGCGGUAUCGAGCGCACCAAGGCCCAGUGGGAGAAUCUGCUCGCGACUGCUGGGCUCAAGUUAAAGGAGGUUAUCAACUAUGACGAUGAGUUUGAGGAUUCGGUGAUUGUUGCGGGUUUGUAA